AUGCGAAGUAAGGAAGGCUUCACACCAAUUAGAGAAGAUGACCCAGAGUGCAGGCCAUCUGGGGAUAGCGGCCAGGGAACAGAGGAUUAUUAUCCAUCGAGAGCGUCAGUUUACGGUGAUCGCGAUAAUCAGCUUCAAGACUUUGAUGGUGAUGAGCCUUAUAUAGUCCCAACACAGGUCGAAAGGGUUGGUUAUUUCGCCAAGACUACAGGACGUAUCGAAUCAUUCCUUUCUCGCCGUAUGCCGUUUGUCUUUAAUGAGCGUGUUGUGCGAAUGGGGAACAGAGUCUUCAACGGCCUCGCACACUUCAUCAAAGGCAGUAUCUUCUUCCUCUACGGUAUCAUCACCCUAGGAAGGUGGCUCGGGGCAUUUAGUGAGCUCGGUUGGGCGUGGAAUGUCAAGCCUCCUCUUCGCGAAUUUGGCGGAGGCUGGGCUAGAAAAUACGUUCCAUCGGCUGAAAUGAUUGAAUCGACGACAAUAUUUGUGUAUGGUUGUUCCAAUAUAUUCCUUGAACGGCUCGCCGGUGCGGGCGGUGCUUGGUCUCAUGGCGAUCUGGAGCAUGUAUCGAUAGCUUUCAUGUUUAUCGGGGGUGGUCUGUCGGGAAUGCUUUUCGAGUCCAAAAAGAUUCGGGACUUGCUCAAUUACUCAACAGUCACACGAGUGACAACUCCAUCAAACUCUCCUGCUAUUUCAACUCCUGGACAUCAAGUCCCUAAGAACUAUGGCAUGUCGUAUAAUCCGAUUCCGGCUUUGGUAUUCUUCAUUUUGGGGGUGAUGAUGAGCAAACACCAUCAGGCAUUGCCUUUAUCGACCACUUUACACACUCAGUGGGGAACACUUUUAUCCGGGUUCUCGGUCUUUAGGCUUUUGACAUAUGCCUUACUUUAUCUCUCACCUCCAAUAUCGUAUCUUCCAUCCAGGCCGCCCACAGAGAUCGUAGGGUCCUUCUGUCUGAUGGCCGGAGGUCUAGUUUUCAUGGCUAGUAAUAAGGACACCGCCAGCUACCUCGACAGAGUUUCUGCAGACCCAAUGUUCAUCCUAACGGUCAUCAUUGGUAUCGCAGCACUUAUAAUGUGCUGGGUAACUGGUAUUAUGGCCAUAAAAGGAUGGGCCCUACGGCGAGAGCACCGUAACAGCUGA